AUGGUAGACCAUUUUAUUUUUUACAUGGACAGAUUUACAGAAAUGGAUUCGAUGAUGGGAAAAUUGAAUUUGUGUGAAAAAUCUGCUAUUUCUUUGACACCUGUUGAAAAAGAAUAUAUUCUUCACCUUGAUAUCCAACAAAGUUCCCAGGCAACAGGAAGUGAUAAUCCAUUACUUGCUAGCAGCAGCAGCAACUACAGUAUUCGUCUUUUUUCAAUGUCCAACAUGGCUACCUUGAAGCAAAUUAAUGCUCAUGACAAUGUCAUUUCUGGAAUCAAAUUUUCACAAACAGAAAACCAUUUACUCUUCUCUUCAUCGUGGGACAAGUCUAUACGUUGUUGGGACACACGGACAGACACAAAGAAACCAGUUCAGGAGUUUUCAGGCUCUGAUAAAAAUCUCUUGUGUCUUGAUAUUAAUUCUUCGGAUUCAAAGUUGGCAGCUGGCACAGAAGCUUCAGAUAUUAAUGAAGUUGAUUUAUUCAUUUGGGAUAGAAGAAAGUCUUCUGUUUUAGUAAAGUACACAGAUUCUCAUCAAGAUGACAUCACACAAGUUUCUUUCAAUCCUCAGAAAGAAAACAUUUUGGCCAGUGGCUCAACUGAUGGACUUGUUUGUGAAUUUGAUCUCACUCAGCCAACAGAAGAUGAAGCUCUUUUCUUGACCCUCAAUUCUCGUUCUUCUGUGGCUUAUGUUGGUUGGUGUGAACCUAAAUACAAUCACAUUUACUGCACAACACAUAUAGACACAUUUCAUGUAUGGGAAGCAGAAGAGGGUGAUGCCAUUUUCCAGGUCACAGACUUGAAAGAAAAAUUAAAUGAUAAAAUUGAAUAUAUUGUCAACUAUAUUGGCAGUACAGAUUCUGACGACUGGUUAAUACUUGGUGGAACACAUAAAGGAGAUUUGAGCAUUUUGCAGUUAUCUAGCAAAGAUGAAGUAAAAACUCUUUCCACUUUGACUGGUGGACACAAAGCCACAGUUCGAUGUCUGAUGUGGGAUGCUCAUAGCAACAGCUUGGUGACUGGAGGUGAAGAUUCAAUGAUGUGUCUUUGGUCCAAUAAACCCGGGUCUGCUCCAAACGAACCUAAGAUAGCAAAUAAACUGAAGAUGAAAAAAGGAACAAGAAAAGUCCAGCCAUAUUGA